UGUUUAUGUUUUGUAUGUGUUGUGCUGCGAUAACAUGCUUGGGCUACGCUACGAAUCCUACAAGCAUAUGAACCAAACAUAAACAAAACAAAACAACGUGCACGUGCUAUCAGCCCAAGUUUCGAAAUAAAUUUGUUUCAUCAAGCUAUGUUCAAAUGGCUGAAGUUGUAACAUACUCGCUAGACUAUUCUAGCGAUUUUGCUAUCCUAGUGAUAAAUAUUCCGAAUCUAGAUUUAGAGCAAGAUGCUUCUGCCACCCUCGAAGUACAGGACAAAGAAUUGUUGUUCACUUUACCGCCGUAUCAUAUCAGAAUACCAUCUGAAGAAAAAUUACAGUUAACGGAAGUAUUCCCAAAACAAAUCGAUUACGAAAAAGGAGCCAUACACUAUAAUAUCCCUCUGAGUAAAAGUGCUGUGCAAGACGAGCAACUAGUUUCCCAUUGUCACACAUAUGGGUUCGGUAAUUUUUAUUCUGGAGCCUUAAAUAUUGCGAACAGUCAAGACUUUAAGACGUUAUCCAACCCAGAAGAGUUCUCACCUGACCAACGUCGAAGCAAACGUCUCAAUGAGGAAAGCAACGAUUUCAACCUGGAGCAUUACGCAAUGGAUCAUGUACAAUAUCUUAUUGAUGGAUUUGGAUUGGAAUUGAAUGAAAUUCCAAUCGAUGUGCACUUGAACGAUGAUCAACAGAAUCGUGUUCGUAUGAUCGUGGAGGAAAAGAAGCGCCAAGAGGAAAAAUAUCGGAUGUUAUCUGGGAAUGAAACUGUAUGCUUCAGUUUAGUUGACAUAAUUCUUGCCGUUUUGUAUGACAAGACAGUAAACUGCAACGAGUUGAACGAAGCAAUUUCACAUGUGAACAUCCAUCGGAUCUCGAGCAGUUUAUCUUACUUUGAACAAUUCACUUCAUAUGAAGAUGUAAUUGUUGCCUUUUACAGAAGAAGCUGCAUGUAUCCAUUUCACCGGAGUAAGGAUUUAGCUAAAAAGUGUGUCGACCAUCUAACAGCCGCCUUCAAGCAUGCAAAUGUCAUUGAAUGGAUGUUGGAAAAAUUUCUUUAUUGCUAUGAUGCAUUUAAAAGUAAUGAUUGCGUCGUACUGAACCAUUAUUACAUCAAGGACUGCAUAAAAUUUGUUCAACUUUGUAGUCCAGCUGACAUGCUGAACCAAGCUGGAAGUCAUAUCAAAGAGAUAUUGCCUUCAAUUCACAACCGAUCGCUAGGAUUUGGAGAGGAAGCAAUGGUUCGGAAACUGAUUAACGAUAUCAUAGGAGUGGAUGAGGAAUCAACGGACUCGGAUGAUACUAGCGGGUCAGAUGACGAAAGCAGUGAUACAGAAAGUGAUAGCAGUGACGCUGAUGAUGCACCACUGCCAGACGAAAGUGUGCUACACAAAUUGAUGAACUUGAAAAUACAGAUGUAAUUUGCACAUAUGUACACUCA